AUGAAAAAGAGCUAUGCUUCGGCGGUCAAGAGCCGGAAUUAUCCUCAGGACCGGCCCUGGUACUUGACUCAACCUACACAAUCCAAUGUCCGUGUCACUGGAGACGACACAGUGGACAAUGUCGAGAAGUCCAAGGCAACAACGGCGAUUUUCAUCCAUGCUGGUGCAGGCUUCCACAGCACCGCAAAUGAGGCUGCUCAUCUAGGUGCAUGCAGCGAGGCGGCACACAUUGCCAUGAAAUUCCUCAAUGCAGGCGCAACAGCUGCUGAAGCUGUGGAAGCUGCCAUUAGGUCUCUGGAAGAUACGGAGAUCACUAACGCAGGCUAUGGCAGCAACCUGUCAAUCGAUGGCAAGGUCGAAUGUGAUGCAACUAUUGUUGACCACCUUGGCCGGAGUGGCGCAUGUGGUGCAGUACCCCACAUCAAAAAUCCAAUCUCGCUCGCCAAACUCAUCCUCGACAGGGCCAACCAGCCACUUUCACUCCGUCGAGUCCCCCCCAAUAUCCUUGUGGGAAAUGGCGCUACAGAAUUCGCCCGGGAGCAUGGAAUUCCCAUCGUCCCCAACGACUUCCUCAUCUCUAGAAACGCAAAAGACCGAUACAUUAGGUGGAGCGAGGACCUGAAGCGAGCCGAAUCUAUGGUCCCUUCCUCAGAUGACGAGCAUGAAGAGAGCGAGGCAUCAUCGACCACCAAGUGGCGACCACCGAAACAAAUUCCCCUCCCUGACCAGAGGGAUCAUAUCAACGCGAUCCUCACUGGUACCUUCAACGAAGGUCAGCCGGACUCACCUCAUCCAGGAUCCCCCUCUCCGGUGAAGGAUGGCUCACCGCUUCCGAUUCCGACUCGUCGAGCCUCACAGUCGAGCACCACCACUGUCGGAAAUGGAGGUAAAGCUUCAAGCUGUAGCCCUCUCAAUUACAUGGGAGAUAUGAAAGCCAAGAAGACGAGGGGCUCCCCAAGUAAGCGCACGAGGGUGGAUGGAAAGGAUCACGAAGCUGGGACUGCCUCUCCACCCUUGGCCACGAACACCGAAGCGGCCGUGCUGGAAAAUUGUUCCCGUCACGACGGGCCGGAGGAUAUUGGUCGGAGCUCCUCUGGAAAGGGCAACGCCUCGACACCUCCUCAUGCGAGUGACGGCACAAGCGAUGUCGAAGAUCUGAUCACGGACACUAUUGGUGCUAUCGCCGUUGAUCAGUCGGGCAACAUUGCAGCCGGAUCAUCCUCUGGUGGAAUCGGCAUGAAGCACAGCGGCCGCAUCGGCCCAGCAGCCCUUGUAGGAAUCGGAAGUGCAGUCCUGCCGGUGCAUGCCGAUGACGAAGACGAGACGAGCGUGGCUGCCGUGACCAGCGGCACCGGCGAGCACAUGGCCACCACAAUAGCAGCGUAUACCUGCGCUCAACGGCUGUACCACAAUGCGCGGUCUGGACCGGGAGGACAGCUCGUCGACGAAUAUGAUGAGGCCCAACUGAUGCAGUCUACGAUUCUGGACGACUUCAUCGGCCACCCGGGCGUGAAGGAUCAAAACUCCAAGGGAGCCAUCGGAAUCAUGGCCGUAAAGAAGACGCGCACCGGAUACUACUUCCACUUUGCACACAGCACCGAUUCCUUUGCUCUUGCUUCCAUGUCUUCGAAGGACAAGGCGCCGCGGUGCGUCAUGUCCAGGCUUAAUAAGCAUGGCAAGGUGGCCCAAGGAGCGAGGAAGAUACCCCGAGAUUGA